AUGUCUGUUCCAGACUCACUGCUGUACCUGUAUCAUCACAAUUAUUCCCACCAGCUGUGUGCAGGGGAUGUGAUCAGCCUCGGAGACCGACAGCUGACCGUCAUGCACAUGCCUGGUCAUUCAAGAGGAAGUAUUUGCUUACACGAUAAAGAGAGGAAGAUCUUGUUCAGCGGCGACGUGGUGUACGAUGGGUCCAUGAUUGACUGGCUUCCCUACAGCAGAGUGAGCGACUACGUGGUGAGCUGCCAGCGCCUCAUGGAGCUAGUGGACAGAGGUCUCGUGGAGAAGGUCCUGCCUGGGCACUUCAACAUGUUUGGGGCAGAGAGGCUGUAUCGGUUAGCUUCCGACUACAUUUCCCAAGCUGGGGUCUGUCACAAGGUUUCUACUUGUGCCAUGAGAUCUCUUGCAAGCAUAGCUCUUCGCAUGACGAAUUCAAGAGUCACUUCGUAG